AUACAGCCUUUCUUUGAGGUUAAAUUCACAAACAGAUUAACUUCGUCUCAAGGAAGUUACUGUCCUAACGUUUAUAACUGUCGACGCUGAGUUCCUAGAUGGAGGUUGCUGAAUUGUCAGCAGAGGAUAAUGUCGUUACCAAAGAAGGGUCGUGGGGUAAAGGUACGCGUUUAUUUAAAUUGUUCAUAAUUCGAUACAGUAUAAAUGAGUUAAUCUUUUGUGAAACAAAGCUUUUGGAUUGUUCCUUUCCGUGAUUUAAUUUUGCCAAAGGCUCGAAAGUGUUGGCUUCUCUGUGUGUUUGUGAAAAAAACUACACUGUAAACACUGCGACUUCACCUCUAGAAGUGCGAAUAUGUCGUAUCUGGUUAUGCUUCCAUAAAUAGAAGGACGUUUAACUUAUUGUCAAAUUUUACUUGGGGUUUCUUAAUUCUAGGAAAAACCAGCAAAACUAUCGAAGACCUGGCAGUGACAAAGGAAAAGGAGGAGCAGGAAAAAGUGAAAAACAAGCCACGUGUUACGUACUCAAAGGUGACAAGUUGUGUACUGAUCGAGGAAAUUAAGAGAUUUUUAAGGGUUAUAAUUUUGAACUUAAAAUUCCUUCUUGUAGUCUAGAAAUUAUACCCGAUCCGACAGACAUGUGUAAAACCUCACAAAUUGCUCUAUUUUUUGUUGUAUUUAAUUGAAGGAUAAAUAAUUCUGAAACCUUGAAAUGUACGAAGCCUAAGAGUGCAUUUCAUGUACAAUACACAAGCGACGUUGAUAUAAGCCUCAUCACCGUGCUUAUUUGUAAUGCGAUGUUUGAUUUUUUUACAGGAAGAAUUACUCAAUUUAAGGGAAUCUCCAGCCUCAAAACUAUGGCCCAGUGUUCUUUCUAAUGAACAUGCCAGGUUUGAUAAACUUAUCUUUAUAAACCAUGCCGAAAUGUUAACUCCCAGAAUGAAAGAUGCCCCUCGGUUAAAAGAAUUAUUUUUGUCUGUACUGGAAAUUUCUUUUUCUAAAUUUGCUUAUUUAGAUUGUUUGAUUGGUGGUAUAUUCAGAUCUUUUUUGUAUUGUUAUUUGCCCAAAAAAUUGUCAUGAUUUUCACAAGAAUCUUUUUCCCUGCUAUAAAUCAAUGCAAAUUUUGAUAAUGAUAGUUAAUAAUAUAAUAAUUGUUUACCUAUUUAAAGGGCAUAAAAAAUAAUACAAAGUGUUCAUUGAAAUCUACUAUGUUCUCGUGAACUUCUCUAUGAAAAAAAAAUGAACAUUUAGUUUUUAAAUGUUUUUUAAUAUUAUUUUAUUAUUAAAUUUGGACAAAUCUUCUCGCUUUCAAUUUCUUAUGACCAGCAUGUCUGAAUAUACAUGUUGUACACUAUAAUGAUAUUAGACAAUAAGAAUUUAAUUUGGAAAAAGAAAUUAAUGUUUUGGUAGAAAGUCUGGAAAAAGUCUUGAAUUUUGGAUUAAAAAAUCUGUAGAGACCCUUUUUGAUACUUGGGAUGGGAGUCUGGAAUCCCCACAGAUUUUACUGGGUCAUGACAUCAUCAUCAAAAGGAGAUGAGAGAGGAUCUGGGAUUGAGAUCAGUUGAACCAUAGGCAUACAGGCCGGGGUAGCAACGGGGGCUGCAGUCCCCCCAAAUUUUGGGCAACUCGGAUUUUUUGGGUAGCAAGAGAAAAUUUGGGCAAAGUCAGUUUUUUAAGACACUUCCAUGUUAUUUUGUUAUUUUGAAGAGAUAAAUGUUUUCUAUUUUAACCUGAAGUUGGCUUAAUAAUCCAGUUACAUUCACACAAGACAGUGGUUGCAUACCACGUGAUGAGUUUCUGGUUAUUAGGGAUGGGUAUCUUAUGUUGAUUUAUAUAUUUAAAGCUUUUUAUUGGUAGUAUGGGCUAUUUUCCAAAAAAACUUCCGCAUAACUUUCUAGAAUCAUUUCCACUCGUAGAAAUGCCGACAUGACCAUUCAGACCCUAUGCUAGUGUCGAAGUGAAGGAAUUUUCAACAAUGUAUGGCAGAUAGCAUCAGCAAUGGCGUUAUUUUGUUGCUAUGACAACUCCAAUCCAAUGUCAUUGCAUCCCUGAUCAUGACAAAUAAUACAACUGUGGUGGUAAUUUUUCCAAAUGUUUGUUUAUGGCGACAUAGUUUGUGCUCAAACUUGGGAGGUGUUGACUCUGAAAAACUAUAUCAAGCCACCCUCAUAAUUAUGCCAGUAUGCCCUAUGUUGUUGCAUCGUAUGGCCCUCUUUUCGUUUCAUAGACUAUUGCGAUAAUUUUUUGGCCAAACCGUUUACUGUCCCCUCUGGCAAAAGAUUGCCCAUACGCCUUUGAGUUGAAGGCACUGCGUAAUCUUUGGUUAUUAGUAGUGUUCAAACUGUUAUCACUCACCUGUAUCCAGGGUUCAAACCCACAACCUCUUGCUUUUAAAACCAGUAAUCUACAGCAAUAGACCAGUCUUAUGUUGCACUUAGUCCUUGUUUCAAAGUGAGGCUAAUUACAAAGCCAUUAAUAUGAAAAUGAUUUUAUAUUCUUAUGCAAAUGAAGCUCUUUUCUUUUUUGCAAGAAAGGUUUUGCAUUUAGCCUCAUUUUGAAAGUGAGAAUUUUUGGAACUCAGAAGUGGCUUAUUGGUGUCUCAGGGUUGGGUAUGCUAAGUCCAAAAUAAUAUGCUUAUUGUUUUACUUAACAGGGCCCAGUUGUUCAAAGGCUUAUUAGCGCUAACCCUGGGUUAUAUUUUAAUGCGGGUUUCUUUUUCUUUUCUUGUAUAAUUUUCUUUAUUCUUUUUAGAACAUCCAAUCAUCUAAAUGUAGAUGAGGAAUUAAACUGAAUUUGCUUUUUAAGCUUUCAUAUCUGAAAAAAAUCAAAGUUAGCACUAACCCUGGGUUAUCUUAACCUAGCUUUGAACAAACCUGCCCAGAAAACCAGGUGACUUGUAAUUAUUUGUUGAAAGCUGGUUUGAAUUUAUAUGUGUGCAGUACCAGUACUGAACAACACUAAAAUAGCAAACAUCCAUGAACACAGCAAAAUCUAGCUCUAUCCCUCUCACUCUCAGAGAAAAGUAAAGAUUUAGAAUUGGUCUUGUCAGGCUGUAUUAGUAAUAAUGUUCAUAUUUUUCUAAUGCGAUUGCAUUCCUACUGUUUAUUAGAAAUGGUAUUUGGGAUCCUGAGGCUUGGCACCAGUCCUUUGCAAGUGAAAAAAGAUGUGCAUCCCCUGCAGAUGAACUAAAAAAACAAUUGCUGUAAGUGAAUAGUUAAUUAUUUCUUCUCUGCUUACAGCCUCUAGAUCAAACUAUUAUGGCAAAAAAUGAAUUGCUCCCCUUUUCUCCUCAACUUUGACACUUUUGUGUGCUUUUAUAUAGUAUUAUUUCAAUAUUAUUGCUUAGGAUUUGUAUGUCAUUCCGAGUAGGAAAGUCAGUUUUGUGAUCUUUUUUGUAUAAUGCUAUGUUCUCUUCAGGAUUGAGGAUGGUAUCGUGCUGAGUCCCCAACGUCAAAGCUUUGUUCAAGGCUGUCACAUUCCUCAGAGUGCUCCUGAGAGAAUUCUGCCACAGGAGAGAGGAAAGAGUGGUCUGAGCAGAAAAAGUGAUCGUGAGAGGGAGGGCAGAAGCAGGCUCACUGGACGGGUGGGCAAGAGCAGAUUAGAUUAUAAAGAACGUCCACCUCUUCAAGAAAGAAACAAGGUGCAUUUUUGCUGUUAUUUGUAGUCACUUUAUGCUUGUUUAUCCUCAGUUUGUAGAGCUAGACAGUGGACGUUUUGUUUUUAUUAACUGGGUUCUCAUUAAGUGCAGGCAACCAGCUAAAAAAACUGGUUAGUUUGAGUCCUGAGCCAUCUACUUUUGGGGGAAUGGGUAAAGUGAGGCAGUGAAAGCCUGAAAUUGUCUUCAGCACUUGAUUGCCAAGCCGCUUACUUUUACAUUGUAGCUGUCUACUUUGAAACCUUAUGAGAACCCUGAUUUAUUAUUAGUAUCAUCAUAUCAUCAUUAUUUUGUAUUUGUCUUUUAUUUUAAUCAAGUUAGUGAUAAUCGGGUGUCCAUAAAGUGUGGUUCGACUGUAAACUUAUGAAGGAAAUGCUGGGGAAAUCGAUUUUGGUUUGUGUUAACGCAAGGUUCAAGUCUAAGUGGGGGUUCAAGUUAUCAGGAGUCUACUGUAUUUCUAUUUGCUUAUAUAUUUAUUUAUAAUUAUUUUGUCCUGAACAAUCCUUGUCAUUUGUAAGAGUGCACUGGUAUCCGUAUUUACUCUGCCACUCACUUCCAAAGUGCGUGAACUAAUUUUGAUGUUUGCAGUGUAUGAACUUCACUUGAACCCUAUAUGAAGGCUCUCAAUAAGCUUCCUUGACAGUUGUAUAUCAAUAAUAAUUUUACUAUUCAGCAUGUUUUCACCUCUCUCAGGAUUCAGAUGAAGCAUCUGGAAAAUACAGAGAAGGAGAUGAAAGACCUGAUAGAGACAGGGGUUAUGGGAAAGAUAAAGAUAGGGGGUUUAGAGAAAAGGAAAGGAAGAGAAGUAGAGAAGAAAAUGCGCGAGGACGAAAUAUCCAAGGUAAAUAAGCAACAUUCAGAUUUCUUCUAGAAUAAUAAAGCUUCCGUUUCUACUGAGUUAUGCAACUUCCCUUUGCCUUGAGUUCCCUCCCCUUGAAUAAUUCCCAGUUGUCUUGUAUUGGGAUUGAUAGAGGUCAUAAUGUUUAUGACUAAUAAUAUCUUGGUGUGACUACUUGAACCGGGGCACUUGGAAGAAGAUUAUCCAGUCACAACAUUUCUUGGAAACAAAAGCUUCUCAAGUGUUUUUGCAAAGGGACUAAUAAAAUUUAAGGUUCAACUAUGCAAUGGCUGAAAACGUACGAACUGUUUGAACUUACUUGACCUCUCAGGAAACAGCCAUUUAGACAAUUUACAGUUUAUUAGCCCUUUAAACACUGCACUAACAGAUUUCAAGUGUGGUAAGAAGUACAAGUUUUAACUUAAAAUGUUUGCUCUCUUGUUGCACACAAACAGUCAGAAGGAAGCCAACCAAGGAGGAAGCUAAUGAAGAACCUGAGUGGUUCACAUUUGGUCCAUCAAGUCAGUUUGAAACCAUGGAGCUAAAGGGAUUUGAUGACUUGGAAAAUCUUAAGAAAAGUAAGGGCAAAGACCUAAUUGGAAAUUAAAGAGAUAAGAAUCCUGACCAUGAAAUAUGGGAGUUGUCCCUUGAAUACAGACAGUCUUUGUAGACUUUAUGUUUUUUAUGUUGGAGUGCCUUCAGGACUUUUUAGUUCUGAGUUGUUGUCAACGGAAAAAAACAAGAAAAUAUGCUCAAACUGAACUGAUUAACGUAAAUUAUUAUGUAAAGUUGUGUCUUUACAAAAUAAAUAAUAGUUAAUUAAUUACUUAAAAAUUUACUUACAAAUUAGGUAAAUGGACAACUGGCAAUGUUUCACAUCGGAUAGCGCUUGGAACUGUGGAAACUUUGUACAUAACGUUUCUCAUCAAUGUAACAAUUCACUUUUCUGCCCUGCAUAGACCAUAUUACUGCCAAAAGUCAACUGCUAAAAUCUGUCAGCACCCUUGGUUGGCCCUAUUUCAAAAAACUGAACUUUUGUGACAUUCAAGCAGUUCUUACAAUCAUACGUGAUAUACCUGGUGGUUGCUUACCACAAACAGAAAACAAAAGAAUAUGUCAAAUUUUUGCCCUAAAAAAAUGAAAGAAAAAACCAAAACCCGGUUUUCACUUGAAAUGUGUUUAUGAAAGCAGUGGACUAAACUUUCCAUUGAUUUGCCCACAUAACAAAAUGUACUUUGAUAUUUUGCCGGGAAAAGAUUUUAAAAAUGUUGUAAAUUAUAAGCUGAACAUUCCAACGGCAUAUUGGUUUUAUUGUCCCUGUAAAAUGUUGCUUCAGUGUUUUGUUAUUUAUCUAUGAUAGCAUAAGUAAUGGUAUUCUUCUAUUAUUAUUUUGUAGUGAAAACCGUUCUUUAUAAGAACAAAACUUUUACAUUAUCAUAUAAUAUACUUUAUCUAGGUCAAAAAAGACGCAAAUCUGCGUCUGAAGAGAUCAAAGCAAUUUUGUCAGGUAAAACAAGCAUUAAGAAGAUAAUGUCAAAUUAUUUAAUAUUGACUUUAUGGAGUAGCAUUGCUGCUUGAAUGUCUUGAACCUACCUAAUGUUACAAAAUGAAUAACAUAAGGGACAAAAGAAAUUACCCCAAACGGACACAUUCGUACAGUAAUGUGCAGCAACAUUAACCAGUGGAAUAGUCAUAAAGGGUAGUUUGUUAAUGUGUCGGAAGUGCAUUACAGGAUUUUUCUUCCAAAUAACUUAAAGAAUUAAGGCCACAGGAAGUUGAAGAUACUUUGGGCAUGAAAAACAAAAUGAGGCAGACUCCUAUACUUGCCAUUCCCUUAAUCUGUUAGACUGACUGUUCUAUGUUUUUAUUGUUCUGGAUUUGAAAAAGCUAAAAGGUUGGUACAUUUUUGAAGAAGUAUGUCGAAAGAAAACUCCUAAGAUGUUUCCUGUUAAGCACUACAAAAAACGUUCAGAAAGUCCCCAAUAUUUAAGAACAGUUUUUAGAGAAAAUAAAAAUUGCUAAUUAAAACCUUACAUUUUCCAAAUCAACAAGAACCAAAGUAAGACACUACAAAAGAAACAUUAAUAAACAGACAUAUAAGCACACUGCUACAGAUUCCAUUCACAGAAGCAACAGUUGUAAUAACACUAAACGAUGGGAUGUUACACUGUAAACAGGGUGUUCAUUGGAUAUUGGAGAUUGGAGAAUUCUCUGUUUACUACACAUAAUUCUCCAGCUAACAUUUGGUAGCCUCUGACUAUUUUUUACUCAGACAUGGAGCCUCUUUCAAAAUAUUCCCGUGUGGUGUUACACCUUUCUCCUGCUACUAGAAUUCUUAAUGAAAACCCUGUGUAAAUUAUGGAACCAAAAAACAAUAAGACCUUACCUGUUCAGGGGCCAUUGCACAAGUAACGUCAUCUUUCAUGGACUAAUAGAAAACAGCUUCCACUUGCAAAUCAGAGAAAUUCAAACUAUCUGACUUAUGCAUUUGUUUUGUUUCAGUGGGGAAGAAUUGCCCAGUUAAUGGUGAAUUAAACAGAUCAUCACCUGAAACAGCUGGUAGUCUAUCUCAAGGCAGUGCAACAGAUAAGACACGGACAGAGACAAAGACAAAGGCUAGUCCAGCUUCUUGUGAUGACAGCAAACAACCGGCAACCAAACCUUUUGACAUUAAUGAUUUCUUUAUGAGUGACAGUCUUAUUCCUUUCACCGGCGGAGUAAGUUAUUCAACAAUUUAAAUUAUUGAAUGGGAGAAGCUGAGUAUGACGUGAAGAAUUGUGCAGGUCAAGAAUAGUUCAUCAUAAUUCUUCAAAGCAUACGAGUCUAAUUUCUUAAUUGUUGUAUUAUUCCAUGCCAACUGGUUGUGAAGAAUAAGCGAGGGGAUUUGAGCCAAUCAGAAUUGGCAAAAUAUUUUCAGGAAUGAGUAAUAAUAGAUAAGUUGAAUAUUUUUAUCUACUUCUCUUCAUUGAUCAUCGUAGUGGAUAAUAAUUAUGUUUUCUUGGGAAUCCCCUGGCAUGUGAUUAGGGCUUCCUGUGAUCAAUACAUUAUUAUUUUUAAGAGAACUUUUGUAAUGUGUAGUUCCAGAAAAUAUCCAUGGUCCCACCCUCCACAGAGAGCACUUUUUUAAAACCCUGCACCCCCCAUAAUUUCCAUUCUAGGGGGUGCUUGUCAUACCCCUCUCCCUGGAAUUUCUGUGAUUUUCCUACGUGGUUGGUAACCCUUAAAAAAAUAUUUCCAUCAAAAAUGCAGUUUCACUAUACUUCAAUGCAAAAGAUUAAUAUUUUUGCAAUCAACUGAGAAAAACAUUUUUGUUCCAAUUAAUAUAGUGUCUAAUAGUAGUCUCGUUGCUUGACCUCUUCAAUUUUGCUUUCUUAGCUAAUAAUGGUCAAUCUCUGGGAAACAUACUGAGGCAUUACGUUAGACUACAUUAUAAUGAUCCCAUCUUAAAAGAAGCAGCGGCAUUCAAACUAAACACACUGAGUGAUCUUUCAAGUAGAACAUGCCCUCUACAUCUUACUUGAAACCCCUCAGAAAAAAAGACCACUAGAAGCCAUCCACCUUCCCCUAUUAAAGUGCCUCCAUUUGGAGUGCCCCCUCCCCCUUCCCCUCAAAAAUUAUAUUGCCCUUUCUGGGAGAGGGUAUGGAUAAUUUCUAGAACUACCCAGUAUUGAUUAAUGAUGGAUUACUUUUGACAAAAAGCAUUUGUUAUUCAAUAUAAUUUACUCAUUUAUUUUAUUUCAGCUAUUUUUGUACAUAGAUGGCUUCAAUGUAAACUGUUUUUUUAUUGUUUGAAUUGUGACGUUUAUUUGAUUUUGACAGCUCUUUGUGUACUAUGUGAUUUCAGGUAGACCAAACCAGUAGUAGAUUCUGUCAGUUUUUUGGUCAACCGGGGAGUAACUAUAGUAGCAGCAGAAGUGGAAGUGCAGGUUGGUGUUAAACCCUUUCUCCUUUACAAUUGGCAAAAAUUUGACAAAAAUUUCAAAUUUUCAUUUUGUAAAAUUCCCAAAACAAAUAGUACCAUUUGAAAGUCAAAGAUCUGCCAAUGUGGUUUCAUUUACAUGUUCAUACCACAGGAUUUUGUCAACAGACUCGAAAGUUAGAACCACCGUACAAGACUCCAGCAAUCACUCAAGGAGUGAAAGGGUUACUAAGGAGCUGUGUCAGUAAAAAAUUCAUUAGUCCUAAUCCCGAGGAGCCACAAGGACCCAGCCAGCAAAUUAAGCGAAACCUAAAAAUAAACACUUAAAACAGAGGCAAGUUUUAAUAACACAGCAAACACGAGUCAUGGUUCAACUCAAGGUAAUUAAAAAGCUACUUUUCCCAGCUGGACCAACAAACAGACUAGCAUCAUCAUCAUCAUCAUCACCAUUUAAAUUGCGAUUUUUUGCACCAAGUUUACAGCUACAUUUCAUCAGGCGAGGAGACCUCAGACUUCAUGUUGAAGAAAGUUCUGUCUUUUAUCAUGUCCAAAAUACAUGUUAGUUAAAUUCUGCAAAUAAAUUUGGAAGUAAGGAAAAAUCUCGUCCUUUAUCUGUGAGGAGACGAAACAAGCGUUGUAAAGGUUUCAUAGGGGUGUUAGGAUGUUGUUGAGCAUGACAAAAUUUCAGGCGACAUAACUCAGCAUUUCGGGCGACUUGACUGUGAACCUUACUACCGUAACUGAUCUUUAUUGUUUGUGUGUGUCUGCCAGGACUCUCGAGUGGUGGUGCUAACACUCCUCGUACACCGUCACCAGCGCCAAACUACCUGUUCACUCCCAUUACACCUUUAGCAGACGACAGCAUCGAAUCUCAAAGCCUGGCAGCCAUGCUUCAGAAAUCUCAGGUUAAUGUCCAGCCUUUGCUAGAUGAAGUCAUGUCAUCGGAAAAGGAUGCAAACAAGGUGAUGGGCUCAGUUCGAGCUGAGGAUAUCGAAGCUGAUAUCAACAAAGACAGUAAAAGCUCUGUGAAGAAGAAAGAGAUUAGUGAUGCAGAGCACAACAAGGAGAAUAUUAGUAAGGGCGGUGAAACGUCCAACAAACCUGAGCAAAUGGUGGCAUUUAACAUGCUUGUUGAGAAGAUGAAGUCAUCAGGGACUCUCCCAGAGAAACCUCAACCUGCAGUGAGUAGGAUUUCUUGUACUAUACUCAACACGAGAAAGUCUUUCAUUACGGUCAAACCGCAAUUUACUUUAAAGCUGAGGUUAACCUCUAAUUUAAUUGGACCCCUAUGGGUCGCAGCUCCUUUCUUUUCGGUCUAGGUUCCAUUUUUUUGUUCCAAUUUGGUUGGUCAUUGUCUUCUUAACCAAUCCUGUGAGGUCCUCUGAGAGCUGCAUGGUCGCUCAAAAUCACAGAGACGGCCAGACCAUCGCACUAAUUCAGUUCUUUUUUUAUUGAACUAAAAGAUCUCUGGUCUGCCAGCCCGUUUACUUCCAAGACCUCCAUCUCCCAAGAGGAAGACUCCCAGGCAUUCUCCAUCUCCACUUGUUGAUUUGAGGAGAUCACCAUCUCCUACUGAGCUGCUUAAAAUGAUGACCAUGACUGCACCAUUGUCUGACCCUAGACCGCCGUCGCCACCUCAAGUAGUGCCACAGAUGAACAGACCCCCUUCUCCUCUUGAAAUGUUCCACAAGAUCAAUAAUUCUGUUGGUGAGUCUUGUAAUGGUUUAACAGCUGAAUAAUAAGUCAAAUUGGUUCUGUUGUGAUGAAGUUAUUUGACCAAGCUAAUAGAUGGCCUUUAAUGUUUUAGAGUACUUCUUUUGACAUUUUAUGACUUCAAAUGACUGUUUAGCCAUCCUCCCCUUGGUGAUCAAUUUGCUUUUUAUUUUUCUUUCUAGUUGCCUCUCCCCAAGAACUGUUUUCAUCUCCAAUGCUCCGUAGAUCCCCCUCUCCUCUUUCCAUGCUGGCUCAACAGCGGCAGAGUCCUCCCCUGGGGUUUGGCGCUGUUAACUUGCAGAUGGUACCACAUCAAGUAAAACCGGUGUAUCAAACGCGACGUCAGCCGAGUAGUGUGCCACCCAGGGUCAAUCCACAAACAGUAAGGAGACAGCAAGAUAGGCAUGUUACUCCGGGAGGCCCGCCUGAACAGCGUGGCCACACGGUAGUGAAUCCUAAGACAGUGUCUUCUCAGUCUGCUAGCCCACGCAUCAUUGAUCGCUCCUUUAUGCCAACCUCUGUCAUGAGAAAGAUCCAGCAAGAUCGCAUGGACCAAAAGACGCCAAAGAGCGAGGCGAAAACAUCGAACCCGGUUCAUUCUAGGGAAAAGUAUAUAAUACCAGAGGAACAGAACUCUGUAAACAGGAACGAUUUGAGUGCUCCAGGAACUGACAGCACGCUGCCAGUUGGAUAUUCGCCUCGAUCAAGGCCACUUGUACAAUCUGAAAUUGCUGGUGAUCCCAUUAAAGGUGCGCUGUUUCAAAGGCACCAAGAGGUAAACCAGGCGUCACUGCAACAAGACCUUCUUGCCUCACCCAGGUCAAUUAAGUCAAGUGAGGCCCUCUUGACCCAGGAUGGUUCACCCGUGUUGCAGAAGCCAACUGCCUUCAAACCUUUGCCAGGAUCUCCCCAAAUACCGUUUUCUAGCCUCAAAAGUGGCGUUAACUCUGACCCUGCAUUCCCUCUGCAUUUAUUUAACCAGAAUGCGGGAUCACCUGCAAGACCGUCAAAGACGCUUCCUCAUUCAGCGCCUUGCACGCCUCAGAGGCAUCCGUUAGUCGACAAAACAGCUUUGUUGUCACCUCAGCAGUUGGUGUCAAAAGGAAUGAUGACAAGAGAUGAUGGCAAUAAGGCUUUAACGGGGCUAUUCGGGCAAAGCGGCAGCUCCAUUGAAAGCCCCUCUAAAAGUGUUCGAGGUGGCAUCACAAAACUGGUAGGCAUCAAUGACGGAAGGCCACUUACUCAUUCAUUUGAGCAGCAUGCACACGGUUCUACAGACAGUGUAGCUUCCUUUGAAGAUGCAAAGAGGGGUGAGAGUUUAUUAGGCGCUCACCUUAUGUCUCAAAACGGUCCAAAUAACAUGAGUGUCCGGAGGAUGAACAGCGAUGAAGUGACCACUCGGCACGAAGGUUUGCCUCUUAACCAUCCAUCACAUAGGAUUCAUGGAGGAGGGACAAGGCCCACACCAAUUCAUCAGGCCCCAAGACAAUUUCAUGGUCCACGUCCAUCCCCACAUUUACUAAAUGGAAGAAUGUCUCCGUCUGGCAUGCAAGUGAUGCACGGACAUCCGGGGCAAACCCCGUUUAACUCCCCCAUGCCGGGUAUGGGAAUGCCCCCUAGAUCCGCUAUACUUCCUGGGAUGAUGCCACCGCAUAUCCACCCAGCCUACUUGAGGAUGAUGUCUUCCGCAGGGUCGCCCCCGGUGGCAGUGCCCUCACCAGGAAUGAGCCCAUUAGCCAUGAGGAUGCAGCAGAUGCCUCCACAGUCAGCUGGAAGGUACCCUAUGAUGUCAGGACACCAUCCAGCCAUGUUGUAUGGGGGGCGCCCCUCACCAGGUUACCCAGCCGUGAACCCUGCAGCAGCAGCGGCAGCGGCAGCCAUGAUGGGUGCACGCUCCUCCCCUCAUAUCCCCCCUCAGUCUGGCCUGCAGCAAGGUAGACGAGGUGAGUUAUUUUCGUUCUUUUCAUGAUAGCCUGAGUUAAACAAACAAAGCAUUCCUUGUGUCGCGAAAGUAGGGAUGAAAGAGGUUAUUUUGCGGUGAUGAUGGAAGUGGGUUCUUUGUCGGUGGAACUUCGAGCUUUAAAAUAAGCUAGAUUGAGACUAAGUAGUCAGCACAUGUAAAAUAAAAAUUGAUUUAUGUGUUUUUCUUAGUUCUUACAUUAACUAGUGUCCUGCAAGGGUCAAACGGGGCUGUAAGGAUCUAAUUCCCUCGUUGUCCGGUUAAAGACAGUGAGCUGAAAGUUCCUACAGCAUUUAACACUAACCGUAAUGCUCAAAAUUCGCUCGACCAUUGCGUAAAGUACCGGUAUGCUCAGAGCCAGGGAUUAUGCGUUUUGGGAAAAGUGUUAAUCCUAGGGAUUCAUGCGUCCGCUCUCAGUCCUCAGGCUCAACCCUCUUAAAAAGUUUGUUCUUUUUUACUUGCGUGCUGUGCCGUUGCAUUUUCAUUAAUUUGAUAAAGCUUACACAACGAUGUUACGAGCGUGGACGACUGAAGGGCGUUGUGUAAAGACGUUGCGUGUGUUACGUCAUUCCAGAGACUUCAAAAUCCCUUUUAAAUCACUUAAACGGUGCAAACCACAAUCCAACGAAGAGAAGAGUGUAGGUUCUAUUUCUUGUACGUUCUUUUGCGUUCCAAUUGACUAGAGUGGUAUUAGUGAAUGUUGUAAAAUUUUCCCGCACGAUUUCAGUACCCCAUUCCGAGGUACUUAUAACCUUUCAGAUGAGUGUGCCGGCAUCAGGAGCAUUACAGGGCCACAUGUACUAUCGUUAUCACCUUGUAGUUUGUAGUCGUUUUCGAUAGCGACUUGACAAACUUGGGAAGUGUACUUUACCUUGUGUAUUGAACUCCUUUUUUCAGGUAACAGUCCAGUUAUGAAUCUUCCCCCACAAAGUCAUUCCCCAGCGGGAGGAGGUAACGUCCUGUCCAAAUGGUUCGGAGAAGACGUCCUUCAGCAGGUUCAACCUGGUCAGCGGUCAGCUACCCCUGACUUGGCAAGGAAAGUGUUAUCUGUUGAAGAACUUGAGCGACAGCAUGCCGCGGCUAUGAAUUGACUGUAUGGGCGCACCGUAGCGCAUUAAUGUUUUUGUCAGUAGUAUCAAACAAGCAAGAAAACCGCAAGUAAAAAAAUUGUAAAAUUGCGAACUCAAAAGAUAAACCCAGACACAAGAGAAGCUGGUGUAUCGAUGUCUCACUUAAAGUUUUGUGCGAACUGUAGAAUAGGCUCUUAGCAUGAAAGUGAUAACUUGUCUUGUGUUUCUACGUUUUGUCCACUUGUGUACAUGAAAUUUAAAACAUUUCUGUGUUAUUAAUGAAAUGUGUUGGGCAUAGACCUUAGCUUUUCUUCGUGACUGUCUUGUUCCGCUUUGUUACACAAUCAAGACAACAGAUUAUUUAUUUGUAUAGCAUCAAUCUCUGUUCUCUGCUAUUGACUAUAAGUUAUUUCUUGUAUAUAAAUGCGACGGAUGUUUUCAUAGUUAUUAGCAGUAGGGGCUCAGUUUCUGAGUUUCUUAUUUAGAAAUUCGGUAAGCUUCCUCAGUUUGGCUACUGUAAAUUUUGAGAAGAACCACUUUAAUACCUCUUGAGAUUUGUUAUGUAGCGUUAAAAUUUCAGAAUUAAUAUUCCGUUGUUUCCAGUUCUGCAGGCGUGGUCGUAACCUACCCACGAGUCACUAAUUGUGGUCAGCUCUUUUUUUUUCGCUUGAUCCUUUAUGGAUGGCCUUACUAUUGUCGGUUGGUGGAAACAUAGUUAAAAAUUAAGGUAGAAGACUGUUUUGGUAAGUGUACUUGUAGUAAAUGAAUCAUUUUUACAAAAAACAACAUUGAAAAGCUGAGCAAUUAAACUGGCAAAAUAAACUGAGAGGUGUCAGCUGACUCAAUCUUGGAAAGCUGACUCAAUCUUGGAAUGUUUUGGUUGUAAUAAAAGAAAUAUAACUGUUUUCUUUCGGUCGACCUUCUCUGUUGUAGAGGAAAUACGAAUAAACAAAAUCGUUUGUCCAGG